AAAGAUUAGUUAAUACUCAUGUAUGAGUGUUGAGUUGAGUUGUAAUCAACAUAUUCCAACUCAAAUUGUAAUUAUAGAAUUAAUUCAAUCAAUUCUUUACUGGUAUUAUCAACUACUCAACGAAUUCGUGCUGAAAAAUCAAUUCUUUCAGAACCAUCCUUGAAAACCAACUUCUGCGCAAGUUUCAUUCAGCAAGAUCAAUAUACACGCAAAAAUAUCAGAAGGUUACUACAAAUUUCCAUAUAACAAUGUGUACCAAAUAUUUUGGGGGAGUACCAACUGUGCACCCAGCCCCAAAUUUCAAUGCAGCGGACGAUGCUGAAAUCCUCAGAGGUGCCAUGGAUGGUCUUGGUACCGAUGAAGACAUGAUAAUUGAGAUAUUGACCCAAAGAAGCAAUCAACAGCGUCAAGCAAUAUCAGAACAUUUCAAGAAUGUUCUAGAAAGAGAUCUGAUUGAUGAUAUAAAAGGAGAAUUGGGAGGAGAUUUCGAGAAAGUAAUGGUUGCUCUACUCACUCCUCAUUAUGAGUAUUUAUGCAAAGAAUUAAAGAACGCUAUGAAUGGUGCUGGUACCAAUGAAAGCACCCUUGUAGAAAUAAUUUGCUCUAAAGCAAAUGAAGAAAUCGAUAAGAUUAAUGAGUGUUAUGAGAGAUUAUACGAAAGGCCGCUUGUAGAACAUGUGUGUUCGGAAACAUCAGGGAACUUAGGACGUUUCCUGACAUUGAUCUUGACUAAAUCACGUAAUGAUUGCAACGACAUCGACGAUGGUGAGGCUAGAGCAAAGGCUGAGGAACUUUAUGCUGGAGGUGAGGGCCAACUUGGGACUGAAGAGAGCGUUUUCUAUAAAGUGUUGGCACAUGAAAGUUUCGCCCAGCUUCGUAGAAUAUUCGAGGAGUACAAAGAAAUUUCUGGAAAUACAAUCGAACAAGCGUUGAAGCAUGAAUUGAGUGGUGAUUACUUAGAGGCCCUCUUAGCAGUAGUUGAGUGCGUGCAGAGCCCUGCGAUCUUCUUCGCUAGAAAACUCCAUGAUUCAAUGGAGGGAAUGGGAACAGAUGAUGAUACAUUGAUAAGAAUAAUUGUAAGCCGAUCUGAAAUCGAUUUGGGAACCAUCAAACAAGAAUUCGAAAAGAUGUACGAUAAGACAUUGGAGAGCUGCAUAGAGAACGAUGUGAACGGAGAUAAAAAGAAAGUUUUUCUUCAACUUCUUGGUUGAAAUGAAUAGAUGUUGGAGUCGAUCAUUCCAGUGAAAUAAUUACAUUAGUCUGAACCUUAUUGUUAAAAUUGAACAUUUUACUCUAGAGCUUGUAUUUAUCGAUAUUUUAUGCAAUAUAAUUUUUAUAUCUAUAUUUUUAUGUAAAUCUAGAUGGAAAAAUACAUAUUUGAUGUUGA